AUGGCUGCUGCAGCUGCCGCCAGUGGCUCAGUUUUUUCCUUCACUUUCCUUUUUCUAUUAUCCAGUCUUGCCUUCACCAUCUCCACCCAGCAAUCAGACAGAUUCAUCUUCCACGGCUUCGGCAAUGGAACCAAAAACCAGCAGCAGUUGCUCAGGCUCGACGGAGCUGGAGAGGUACUACCCAACGGCCUUCUCCGCCUCACCAACGCCUCCGCCCUUCAAAUUGGCCACGCUUUCUUCCCUCGCCCUCUCAAUUUCAUCCGCGGGAAAUCAUCUCUAUCCUUCUCCACCAACUUCGUCUUCGCCAUGGUCCCGCAAUCCCCAAAUCUCGGCGGCCACGGCCUGGCUUUUUUACUCUCCCCGGCCGUGGAUUUCUCACACGCCGUCGCCAGCCAGCACUUGGGGCUCUUCAACGCCACGACCGACGGCGCCUCCACCAACCACGUUGUGGCGAUCGAGCUGGACGCAAUGCGCAGCCCCGAGUUUCAGGACAUCGACAAUAACCACGUUGGGGUUGACGUCAACAGCCUGAUUUCAAUUGAUGCCGCCCCUGCUUCUUAUCUAUCUCCAGACGGGAAGAAUUUGACCUUGCAGCUGCUGAGCGGGAGGCCAAUUCAGGUUUGGAUUGAUUAUAAUGAUACCCAGAAGCUGAUUAAUGUGACAUUGGCUCCCAUGGACGGUCCGCGUCCAGAAAGGCCUCUGCUUUCUACCUCUGUGAAUCUCACUGAUGUUUUGCUGGACUCUAUGUAUGUGGGUUUCUCUGCUGCAACUAGCACUGUGACCAGUGAGCAUUACAUCCUUGGGUGGAGCUUCAGCCAGACAGGGAGGGCGGAACAGCUCGACAUUUCGAAGCUUCCUAAGCUUCCUCCAGUGAGAAAGGAGAGGAAGAAGGUUGAGUGGAUUAGCAUAGUUUUCCCUAUAUUGGCUGCCUUUGUGUUGGUAGGGAUUGGAGGGUUUGUGGUUUGCUUGAUAAGGAGGAAGAAGUACGAGGAGAUAUGUGAGGAUUGGGAGAAGGAGUAUCAUCCUCAGAGAUUCACUUACAAGAAUCUCUAUUUGGCAACCCACGGUUUCAAAGAGAAGCAGUUUCUUGGAGUUGGAGGAUUUGGGAAGGUUUACAAGGGAGUUCUUCCUAAAUCAGAAACCGCCAUAGCCGUGAAGAGGGUCUCCCAUGAUUCCAGGCAAGGGAUGAAGGAGUUCGUGGCCGAGAUCGUCAGCAUAGGAAGGUUGAGGCACAGGAACUUGGUGCAGCUGCUGGGCUACUGCAGAAGAAAGGGCGAACUGCUCCUGGUCUAUGACUAUAUGCCUAAUGGAAGCCUUGAUCAUUUUUUGUUCAAAGAUGAUGAAAAGAAGCCAACCUUGAAUUGGCCCCAGAGGCAGCGGAUCAUCAGAGGAGUAGCUUCUGCACUUCUGUAUCUCCACGAGGAGUGGGAACAAGUUGUGAUUCACAGGGACAUAAAAGCUAGCAAUGUGCUUCUAGAUGCCGAUUUCAAUGGAAGGCUGGGAGAUUUUGGCCUGGCUAGAUUGCAUGAUCAUGGCACAAACUCUCACACCACGCAAGUAGCAGGCACUGUGGGUUACUUAGCUCCAGAGCUAACUAGACUUGGGAAGGCAACCACAGGCACAGAUGUGUUCGCCUUCGGGGUGUUCAUGUUGGAGGUGGCCUGUGGACGUCGGCCUGUAGAGGUUGAAACAGCGGCUGAGGAGGUGAUUUUGGUAGACUGGGUUGUAAGGUGCUGGCAACAAGGCAACAUUUUUAAAGCUGUAGAUUCCAGAUUGCAGGACGCCUACGACAGGGAAGAAAUGGAGCUUGUUCUGAAAUUAGGGCUGUUGUGUUCACAUCCUGUGGCAGCAUUAAGGCCGAGCUUGAGGAAAGUGAUGCAGUACCUGGAUGGGGACACGACAUUGCCUGAGAUAUCACUGGAAAGUGCAGGAGUAGGCAACUUUGGGAGCUACAGUGAGAGAUCUGAUCUUUACUUCUCCAACUUUGGGAGCUACAGUAGGGCUUCCAUAAAUUCCUUCUGCAGCCAGGAUUCAAUCAUCACAACAGGUCGUUAG